AUGGAAGAACCACAGGGGGACAAGGAGUCGAGACAGGAGGGACAGAGGGAUGAGGAGCAAACAUGGGAGGCCAGACGGGAAAGGUCAAGGGACAAUGGGGAGCCCGAGGGAGCCACAGUGGGCAACGGGUGGCAGCCGGAGGGGCUGCAGGCGACAGGGAGGCAGGGGCAGGAGGGGACCACAAAGGGGCCGAGCGACAAGUCAGAGGAGGGGGACCUGCAGGCAACCGAGGAGUCGAAGCCGGGGAACCUGCAGGUGACCGACGAAUUGUCGGAGGCGGGACUGAGGACGGCCGACGAGGCGUUGGAGAGGGACUCGCAGGCGACCGCUGAGAAGGAGCCAAUAGACACGCAGGCGCCCCCCGAGCCCCAGCCAAGACAAGCCAGGUGGCAGGGUGGGCGGGACCCGACCCAUUGCAUAGGUGUCCUCUCCCCUUUUGGGACACCAACAGGCGGAGACCUGGCCGGGAUCCAUUGCACUGGGGCGAAGGUUUUUCCAAAUCAGUACUGCACAGCCAGAGCUGACCUGAGGAAGGGCAUCAAAGCUGCCAAGACAACACAUAAACUGAAAAUAGAGGACCACUUCACAGACAGCAACCAUGGCGGGUUGUUGACACUUGCUAAGAAGGCACAGCAGCUACUCCAUUUUCUGAGAGUACUCAGGAAAAACAGUCUAGAUCAGAAGCUGCUUGUGGCCUUUGAUCGCUCUGCCAUCAAAUGCAUCCUGACAUCCUCAGAGACUUUGCCCGUUCCACACGCCACUUGUUUGACCUGCUGCCCUCUGUCUCAGGUGCCACUACUCUCAGCAGAUAUUGUGCGGUACCAGUACUCUGAAGAGAAAAACAAAGAGGUGCUGAAAUCGCUCGCCGACCUCUUGCUGGAUUAUCUGGAGGAGCUCAAUGAUGAAGAGCUGAAGAAGUUUAAAUGGAAACUGAGUCACACAAAGUAUAAAGAGUUAAAGCCCCUUCCCAGGGGUCAGGUGAAGAACUUGGAUAGAACAGACCUCGCCGACUGGAUGAUAAGUUCAUACAUGGAAGUUGGUGCUCUUGAAGUCACAUUAGAUAUCCUGAAGAAUAUGACCCUGAAUGACCUUGCUGAGAGACUGAAGGAAGACCUGCAGAAGUGUACCCAAGCAGGAAGUGAGCUGGGUGACCCCUUAUGUGGGCGUGAGACACCUAUCAGAACUGUACUCACUACAGGGGUUGCAGGUAUCGGGAAAACAGUCUCUGUGCAGAAAUUUAUUCUAGACUGGGCAGAAGGAAAAGCAAACCAGGACAUUCACGUCAUAUUUGCUCUUCCAUUCCGAGACCUGAAUUUGCUUGAGGGUGAAUUCAGUCUGAUUGAACUGCUUCACAACUUUGAUCCAGAACUGAUGUCAUUUGAAUCUACUGAGCUGUUUAGUUGCAAAGUUUUGUUCAUCUUUGAUGGUCUAGAUGAGUGUCGCUUUUCUCUAAAUUUUAAUAAAGGUAAGAGCUUUUAUGAUGUAACAAAGAAAACAUCAUUGGAUGUGCUAUUGACUCACCUCAUUAAGGGGAAUCUGCUUCCAUCUGCUCUCCUCUGGAUAACCUCCCGGCCAGCAGCAACCGAUCAGAUACCUCCUAAGUACAUCAACCAGGUGACAGAGAUACGAGGGUUCAGUGAUGCCCAGAAGGAGGAGUAUUUAAGGAAGAGAUUUAAUGAUGAGAGCCUGUCUGAAAGAAUUAUCAAACAUGUGAAAUCAUCAAGGAGCCUCUUCAUCAUGUGCCACAUUCCUCUGUUCUGCUGUAUUUCAGCCACUGUCCUUGAGAAACUUUUUAGUGAAACUAACAGUGGAGAAAUUCCAAGGACUCUGACUGAAAUGUACAUACACUUCCUGAUCAUUCAGACAAGAUCAAUUAAAGACAAGUAUUGGCUCCAGACUGCUGCGACCCAGAAUAAGACAAGCUGGUACAGAAAACUGGAUGGAUGGAUGAAAAACAAUGAAACUAACGAUCUUGGAUGCUUCCUUCUAAAACUUGGUAAACUGGCUUUUCAUAACCUUAAGAAAGGCAAUCUCAGAUUUUAUGAGAAAGAUCUGGAACAGAGUGACCUUAGCAUCAGAAAAGCUUCAGUUUACUCUGGAAUGUGCACAGAAGUUUUUCAAGAGGAGUAUGGGUUGUAUCAGAAAAAAAUGUACUGCUUUGUGCAUCUGAGCAUCCAGGAGUAUCUCGCUGCUUUAUACAUCUUUCUAUCAAAUACAUCAGCUAACCUACUGAAGACUGCAGUAGAUCAGGCAUUAGAGAGCAAGAAUGGACACUUGGACCUCUACCUCUGCUUCCUCCUGGGCCUUUCAACAGACUCCAGUAAGAUUCUGUUAGAACGGCUACUGGGACCGACAAGAUACAACUUACAUAACACUGGGAAAAUAGCCCAAUACAUCAAGGGGAAAAUAAAGGAGAAUUUAUCUCCAGAAAGGACCAUCAACCUCUUCCACUGUCUGAAUGAACUGGGUGACAUUUCUCUAGUAGAGGAGGUACAAAGAUACCUGAAUUCAGGAAGUCUUUCAGAAGAAGACCUCUCAUCUGCACAGUAUUCAGCUCUGGCCUUUGUGUUACUGAUGUCAGAUGAGGAGCUGGAUGUGUUUGAUCUAAAGAAAUUCUUCAGAUCAGAUAAUGAGCACUGGAGGCUGCUACCAGUGAUCAAGACAUCUAAGACAGCUCUGUUGAACAGCUGUAAUCUGACAGAGACAUGCUGUGACACAUUGGCUUUAACUCUCAAAUCAAACUCCUCCUCCCUGAGAGAGCUGGACCUGAGUAACGGGAUCAAAUUACAUUUCACUUCUGGUAUCGUUCCUCUGUGUUGUCUGUGUCACUCAGUCGCUGUGUCUUUUUCGGCUUUGCUUGGCGGAUUGACUGUGGUGGGGAAAGUCUGUGUAAUCGGGAUUAGUAUGGCUACAUUCGACCUACUCGAGUUUACUCUGAACCCCACAAAGGAGCAAUUUGAUGCUUGCAGGAAGUCAGACUUGGUAGCCAUUGCGGGAUUCUUUAAUGUGGUGGUCCCUGUCGGUGCAUCAAAGCAGGAGAUUAAGCAGGUCCUGCAGGACGAGUUGGUCACGCAGGGAAUCCUGCCGGAGCCUGGUGAUCUCUCGGGUGUUGCACCUUGCCCAGCCCGGUCGCCUACGACGGCGGAAGCCGGAGGCCCGGAGUCUCGGCCUCACAUGAUUCCCAGGGAUCCCGGCUCGUCUAAGGAGGACCUCCUCCUUACAAUUCAACUUAGGGAAACCGAGCUGGAGAUUAAGAGGCAGGACUGCCAGGCCCAACUCCUACGAAUCAGGGCUUUGGAGAUGGAAGCAGAGCGGGACGCUGCCGUGCAAAGGGCGAGGGUAGGCCAGCCACAGCCUGUUCCUCCGCCGCGAAAGGUAAGCUCGCCCCUUGAAGCUGCUCGCUCCACCGCUCGUGCCGGUGUAGGCUCGCCGGACGAGAACAUGCGUCCUUGUACUCAAUCUCCGCUGGUUCUAACUCAAUCCCCUGAGAGGGAGAACACUGGCUUCGAUGUGAGUCACCAUAUUGGACUCGUGCCCAUAUUUAGGGAGAAUGAAGUAGAUGCCUAUUUCCCCAUCUUUGAGCGCAUCGUGACCACUCUGAAUUGGCCCAGGGACCUUUGGUCGCUUCUGCUUCAGUGUAAACUCGUGGGGAAAGCUCAAGAGGUUUAUUCGGCUCUUGGUUUGGUACAGAGACUUGAUUAUGAUGUUGUGAAGGCUACUGUCUUGAGGGCUUAUGAAUUAGUGCCCGAAGCUUACCAGCAAAACUUCCGGAAACUUUGUAAAUCCGCCAAGCAAACCCACGUGGAAUUCGCUCGGGAGAAGUCCCUCCUCUUUGAUAAAUGGUGUACCGCUAGUGGUGUGACUAACUUUGAUCAGCUUAAAGAGCUGCUUUUGUUAGAGGAGUUUAAAAACUGUGUACCUGAUCGUGUUGUUAUAUAUCUGAAUGAACAGAAGGUGACGUCUCUUGCGGAAGCCGCUACCCUCGCCGAUGAAUUUGUGUUAACCCAUCGAACCGUGUUUGUCCCUACUCCUUUGUCUCGUAAGCUCCAUCCCAGAUCAGUGCUGCCUCCUGAGAAGGCUGCUACGACAACCCCACCAGUAGAAACAAGGGAAUGCUUCUAUUGUCAUAAAGUUGGUCAUCUCAUUUCUGUCUGCCCUGCGAAUCGGCGCAAGAAUGCUCGUUUGGCGGUUAAGAAGGUACAUGUUGCCGAUUGUGUUAUUCAUGUCUCACCGCCAACCCACUCUGUCGAACCCGCCUUCCAACCAUUUGUGUUUUCUGGUUUUGUUUCACUCGAUGAUUCUGAUGUAAAGUGCCCCGUAACC